GAUUUCAGAAAAUUCUGAGAUCGGAUUUCAGCCCGCCCUUGUGGCUCUCUAAACACCAAACAAACAAGGAACACUUGUCGAUGAUGGACAUGUGUGAUAUGUGUUACCAACAAUGUCUAAUUGGGUAAAUUCACAUCCAUACUCUCGUAAAAAAAACAAAAGAAAAAAGGAAUCACACCCAUACUAGGGCUACAUCUUUCUUGCAUUCAGCAGAAAGCAUUUUUCCUCUCUCACUCUCGCACACAUGCUCAACCGAUUCACCUCAUUUCCCCCGACGAUGCCUCUCACCAGAUGAGCGGCGCCCAAUCUUCACCCUAAAUCUUUAACCUAAUUGCGUCUUGUUGAUCAUUUAUCUUUUCAAUCAUCCACUCAAUUUGUCUUUCGGAUUGUUGAAUUUCAAUUUCAAUUGUUGUUUCUCCAAACCCUAGAAAAUGUCGGGCGGCUUUUUCCGGGGUACGUCGGCUGAGCAAGACACUCGGUUCUCAAAUAAGCAAGCAAAGUUGCUCAAAACGCAGAAGUUUGCUCCAGAACUCGAACAUUUGGUUGAUAUUUCAAAGGUGAAAAUGGAUGUUAUCAAGCCGUGGAUCGCGAAAAGAGUGACUGAACUCCUUGAUGGAUUUGAAGAUGAAGUGCUCAUUAACUUUAUCAAUGGACUUCUUGAAGGAAAGGUUGUUAAUGGAAAGCAGAUCCAAAUUCAGCUGACUGGUUUCAUGGAAAAGAAUACUGGUAAGUUCAUGAAAGAGCUUUGGUCGCUUCUUCUCAGUGCGCAGAAAAAUGCUAGUGGCGUACCCCAACAAUUCCUGGAUGCUAAGGAAGAGGAAACUAGGAAGAAAAAGGAGGAGAACGAUCGUAUCUUUAAUGAAAUCCAGAGAAGGAAAGAGAAGGAAAGAGAAGAUUCUGAGCAAGAGAAAGUGAGGCAAAUGGAUGACGGGCUUGGAAAAUAUUCUAAUGACGAAUCAAGUCGAAGACGAGAAAGAGGUUCUGGUGCGCAAUCUGAAGAUGAGAAUGGAGCUGACGUGAAAAAUGGUUUUGGAGGAAGAUCCAGAGCAUCCAAGUCACCAUCUGAUCAUUCUCAAUCACCUCAUCGAGAAAGAAGUGUAUCAAGGAGUAUUUCUGGCUCUCCUAGGCCAAAAAGGCAAUCGGUUUCUCCUGGAAGAAGACAUCAAUCGCCCCGAAGAAGAUCUGUCACACCUAGGAGGCGGUCUGCCCGGGAGUCAGUGUCUCCAAGGCGGAGGUCUCUUUCCAGAAGGCGGUCUCCAUCUCGUACACGUUAUAGGUCUCCAUCUCCUAUGAGGCGCCGGGUCCGUUCUCCAGCACGUAGAAGGUCACCAUCUCCAAUUCGACGCAUGUCACCUUCUCCUGCCAGAAGAUCACCAUCUCCUUUAAGACGACGGUCUCGCUCACCUUUGCGACGGCGGUCUCCUUCUCCUAGGAGGCGUAGGACACCUUCUCCGUGGCGUCGACGAUCACCAUCCCCUAGGCGACGCAGAUCCCCUUCUCCUGUUCGUCGCCGUAGGAGAAGGUCCUCUUCAAGUCCGAGGUCUCGGUCUCCAGGUCUGCGUAGGUCUCCGUCUCCUAUACGACGUAGGUUCCAAUCCCCUGUCAGAAGGCCUUUUCCUGUCCGACGUAGGUCUCCGUCUCCUGCACGGCGUAGGUCUCCGUCUCCUGCACGACGCAGGUCUCCGUCUCCUGCUCGACGUAGGUCCCCCAUGGCAAGGGGACACCGUUCUCCAUCUCCAGUGGAACAUAGAUCUUUAGCUCCAGUUCGGAGAAAGUCACCUGUUCCAGCUCGUAGUCGAUCACCUACUCCAUCACCUAGCAGAUCUCCGUCACCUGCCAGUCAAAGUUCCGGAUCACCUGUCAGGCAUAUUUCUGCUUCACCAGUUAAGACAAGAUCACCCAGGAUUCAGAAUUCCCCACAUGGAUCCCCUAGAGAUCAAAACAGUGACCACGAGCCUGCAAUGAUGGCUCGUAGACAGCCUAUUUCAUUGUCCCCCCAAAGAGAUAAUCGAAAGCGUUCACCCAGAAAUGUUGCGUCUGUCUCACCUUCUCCAGAGAAGUCAAAUGCGGCCUCACCACUAUCCCGCAAAAAGAGUUCUGGUGAAGAUAAGAGGCUGGCAAGUCCAUAUGACAGUCCUGAAAAAAAAUCAGGGGAUAAAACGACCAUUAAUGGAAAUCGGAGUCCUAGUAGAUUGAGAGGCCACAAAGUUCGUCAUGGAAGCCUAGAAAUGAGAGGAGAUAAAUUUGAUAAUGAUAGGGAGUAUCAGGCGGACAAGUACAAGUCAGAAGAAAAAAAAUCAGGACGCUCAUCAGUUGGCAAUCAGAGGGAUUCUCCUGAUCGAUCAGUUAGAUACCAACAUCGUGGUAAUGUUGAUGCACGACAGGAUGAUGAGAUAAUAAGUGAAGAAGCUUCUUUGAAGGAAGUUCGUGCUCUGAAAAAGUCACCACCUAGAGGUACUGUAUCAGAUGAGAGGUCUGACAUAUUGUACCCUGGGGAUGUUUUCAAGUUGGAUGAAAAGAGGAACUACCAACAGAAAGAUACUAGGGACAACACUGUGUCUGACUCCGUAGUGAAAUUACAAAAUAAACGAAGAAGUCCUAGUGUUGACUCUGAAUCUGGAUCUGAGGAAAGUGAGAAGCAUAGAGCUGAAGUUUCUGAGAAGAGGAAGCAUCGAAGGUCAAGGCGAAGAGAAGUGGCAUCUGAUGAUACUAGUUCUGAAUCUGAGAUGGAGGAUAGAAAAGAAGCUAAGAGAAGAAAGAAAGAAGAGAAGAAAAUAAGAAAAGAGGAGCGACGUAGGCGUCGUGAGGAGCGGCGCCGGAGGAAGGAAGAGAAGCGUGCUGGUAAACGGAAGCGAAAGUCAAAAGAUGCUGAUGCCCUGUCUUCUGAUGUGGAAAACAAUGAAAAGGAUACCAAUGCUGCAAAUGGUGAACGUCGUACAACAAAGUAUUCAAGUGAUGAAGAAGAGACAGAAUCACAAAAGAAGAGGCUUGAGAUUGAGCUACGUGAAAAGGCUCUUGAAUCACUAAGAGCAAAGAAGGGGAUUAGCCGUUGAAUAUGUUCUUUUUGUAACUUCUGAUGUUGCCUAUAUUUUGCAACGUUGAACGAUUUCUAAUGGCUUUGUUUUUGUUUUUUGUUUUUUUUGUUAUUGUUAUGUGUACUUUAUAUCUUAAAUGCUAUAAAUGUAGUUGAUAUAUCUUUAAUGCGGUCUGUGUUUGCUGCUGGCAGUUGAGAUGGAUAGUUGAGGAUUUCUGAGAUAUCUCUUGACUGCGACUGUACGCAGGACUUGCUGCUAUAUAUUCUGAUCAUAAUAUUCCAACUAGAUGUGGUUGAGAACCUGAGCUGGCCUACUUAUUGAGCACAAUUCAGCUUGAAAGGAGUUCUUGGACUGUGUAUAGUUUUUGACUGGUGCUUGCUUUGGAUGCUUGCUCUCCUGUUCUCCAUACGGGUAGAUUCCUGCAUGUAUAACUACCUUACUACAGUCAAUAGGUAUUGGUAUCAGUCUCUCUUUGUCAAUUCAUUGCUUCUGCAUUGUAAACAAUUUGGUCAGGGGAUAGGUAUUGGUAUCAGUCUUUUCUUUGUCAUUCGUUGCUUCUACAUGUUAAACUAUCUCAAAUCAUGAACAAUACUUUUUUGUCAUCUAUGUCUCUUUCUCUCCCGUUCUGGUUUUCUGGGAUAGAUCUGUUACUAGCUUCGUCACUGUGGCACUACUGACUAUUCUGCAGUUCUCUUUUUUCCAUAUUUGUUCUGUUAGCUUUUUUUAUUGACUUGCAUUAAGCUGUUCUCUACUGUACAUGGUAUGCAUAAUAUUUGCAGAAUAGGAAGUGAUUUUCAUCUUCUGAAGUGGUUUUGAGUUUGAUUUGAUGUUACUAACUUACAAAGUCAAUGUUGACAUGCUAUGCCAGACUACAUUCUACUUUAUGGUUUUUCAUGAACUAGCAAACUGAGUUGUAUUUAUUUAAUUGGAGCAGGCUUGAUGUUGGUAUAGUUCAAUUACUACGUAGAAAGUAUGUUUAGACAUAGAUUAGCAUUUUGUGACUGAAGAGAUUGCAAAACUUAGCAUACUUUGUUAUUUUUAAAUCACCCAGAUUAGGGAAGGAAUUACUAUUCUGUAUCAUUAUUAAGUGUGAUGGUUGUUUUGUGCUGUUAUUUGGGUUUCAAUUGGAGAGAUGAAUUAUUACUAUUCUGCUGUUUUUGUUGAUAUGCCCGUUGUAAUUAUUAUUUUUUUGUUGUUAAGGCUUGCCUGAAUCUCACUGCACUAAUUUUCACGGUUGGGUCAAGUUACUCGUUGAUGUGUGCUUCAGAAGUUAAGAUCUUACCUAUGUCUAGAGAUUAGUGGCACCUUAUUUUCUAUAUUGUUUCUGUAUAUUUUACAUUGUUUGCCAAAAUAUGCUAUAUCAAUUGUAAAGUUCAAAUUGCAAAGUCAGGUUUGUACUGUUAACCCGUGCUUAUGAAUUGAAGAGAUAUUAUGCUGAUUAGGGAACAAUUUAUGAAUGAAGUUUUUUGUCGGAUUUGUUUGCUCGCUAAUGGUGUACUUCUUUCGAGUGUCCUUAUUUUGAGGCAGUAGUGGUCUUUAUGGAAAAAUUUUCUUCUAAGCAAAUCAAAUUCCCAGAAUUUUUCCUUGCCAUUAAUAAUUUAAUGUCGUAAUUUUAUGGUAGAACUUUGAUGAUGUUGGUUGUUAUCUAUCUGUAUGUAGGUAUUGAGUACUUAACAUAAAUGUAGUCUGUCAGAAAUAUUAAGGUUGUGACUGUCAAUAUAGUUUAUAAGAAACACGCUAACUAAAAUUCUCUGUUAAUACAAGGUUAACUUUUUAAAUUGGAUCAAUAUUUUGCUUCGUGCAACUAUGCUGAUAGUGGCAUUUGGGCCAGUUUGACUUUAAACAUGACAAGAAUUGUGUUACACCAGCUGCUGUUGUUAGCUGCUAGUUGGUACAAUACUCUGUUGUCUGCUGAUGUUAGUUAUGUACCAGUGUUGUCGCUGCAAGUAACGACUGCAUCUGUGUUAUCCAUUUCGUUUGCUCCCUGCUCCGCAUAUUACGAGUUUGCAAAAUUUGACUAGUUUGAGAA